GGCCAUCUUGUUCCCGCUUGGCGGAUGAAUGAAUAGUCAGCAGAGGCUCCCUAAGGAAGAGUCUCGUCCAUCCGUCUCCAUCCUCCGCUCUCCAGUCAUGGAGCGUUCUGCCAUCCGCCUUCUCUUUACCCUGGUCGCCCUAGCUUCCUUCUGCCGGGCUCAAGACCUAAUCAACGAGGAUGUCAAGCGCACCGUGGACCUCAGUAGCCACCUAGCCAAAGUGACGGCCGAGGUUACCCUCUUCAACCCUGGACCAGGAUCCGCUCACUCCUUCCUGGUGGCUCUGGAGCCCGAGCUGGCCGACCAUUUGGCUUUCAUUUGGGUGAAGAGUGAAGAUGAGGAAGGAUUUCCAGAAAUCGAGGAAGCAAAAACUAAAGGGAAAGAAGGAAAACAAUACACAGUGAAGUUAGUAUCCUCCAUUGCCCAAGGAGCCAAAGCCAAAGUGACCAUUGAAAUGGUCUUCACACAUGUACUCCAGCCGUACCCAACGCAGAUCACACAGGCAGAGAAACAGUUUGUGGUCUUUGAAGGAAGCCAUUACUUCUACUCCCCCUACUUAACAAAAACCCAAACCACUCGUGUCAAACUGGCCUCCAGAAACGUUGAAAGCUACACUAAGUUGGGCAACCCUUCCCGUUCUGAGGAUGUUAUUGAAUACGGACCAUUUAAAAAUAUUCCUGGAUGGAGUCAGGAUCCCUUAAAGGUUCACUAUGAAAACAACAGCCCCUUUCUGACCAUUACCAGCAUGACGCGUGUCAUCGAAGUCUCUCAUUGGGGAAAUAUUGCAGUAGAGGAGACCAUUGAUAUAAAGCACACUGGAGCCGAUUUGAAAGGCCCGUUUUCUAGAUAUGAUUACCAGAGGCAGCCGGACAGCGGGAUUUCAUCAGUCAAAUCGUUUAAAACCAUUCUUCCAGCCGCCGCUCAAGACGUGUACUACAGGGACGAGAUAGGUAACAUCUCUACCAGCCAUCUACUUAUCCUCGAUGACUCCGUGGAGAUGGAGAUACGGCCCAGGUUCCCCCUUUUCGGAGGCUGGAAAACUCAUUACCUUAUUGGUUACAAUUUACCAAGCUAUGAGUACCUUUACAAUCUUGGUGAUCAGUACGCCUUGAAGAUGAGGCUUAUUGACCAUGUUUUUGAUGACCAGUUAGUGGAUUCAUUAACUGUGAAGAUCAUCCUCCCAGAAGGAGCCAAAAACAUCCAGGUGGAUAACCCCUACGACAUAAACCGUGCACCCGAUGAACUGCACUACACCUACUUAGAUACUUUUGGCCGCCCAGUGAUUGUUGCGCACAAGAACAAUCUGGUUGAACAGCACAUUCAGGACAUCGUGGUGCACUAUACAUUCAACAAGAUCUUGAUGUUACAGGAACCUUUACUGGUUGUGGGUGCCUUCUACAUCCUGUUCUUUACAGUCAUUCUGUACGUGAGGUUGGAUUUCUCCAUCACCAAGGACCCUGCUGUUGAAGCCAGAAUGAAAGCUGCCUGCAUCACAGAGCAAAUUCUUACCCUGGUCAACAAGAGGCUUAGAAUCUAUCGCCAAUUUGAUGAAGCCAUUAAUAAAUAUAAGCAGUCUCGGGACAUCUCCACCGCUAACAGCGCCAAGAAAACACUGGAGAUGGAACACAAAAACCUCACCAACGAAAUUGCCUCCCUGCAGUCAAAGCUUAAAGCUGAAGGCUCGGACCUGUGCGAUAAAGUAGGGGAGAUUCAGAAGCUGGAUAGUCAGGUGAAGGAAAUUGCAUUGAAGUCCUCGGCAGAAGCUGAGCGUCUGGUUGCUGGAAAGCUGAAGAAGGAAACCUAUAUAGAGAAUGAGAAGCAACAUACAAGCAAGAGGCAGGAGCUGAUCAACAAAAUUGACAACAUUCUCGACGCAUUGUAAUGAGAAAAUACAGAAUGUUAUUUUUUGUGAGAUUAAGGCACAACUACGUGUAACGCACGCUUGAGCCAAACUGAAGCUCUUUUUUGUUUUGGGGUUUUAUGUUUUUGGUAAUGUUUUUUUUUUUUUUUCUUUCUUCUGUGUGGGCCCUUUAAGCCUUGGUAAUCGGCUCUUAUUCCACUGCCAUCACUAGUUCUACCACUAGUUAAUAGCGCCUUAUUCAAAGAUAACCGAGUUAUCAAUAUGAAAAUUAGUUAUUGCAUAGCCAAAGAUCUUAAAGUCUUCUGGCUGAACAUGCCCACAGAAGGGUGAUUUAUUGUGUUUGGAAAGAUGGUGUUACAAGGGAUUAAAGUAGGAUUUUAUAAUACUUUCACGCCUGUUGUAAUUAUACAAUAUAUCAUGAGAUCUGCAAAUUAAGUUGUCCCCUUUUGAUUGGAUAUGUGUAACUGCUCUUUGAACAGAAGGUUUUUGUAUACAAAAUUUUGAGCAAGGCAGGGAUUUUUUUUUCUUACUCCUAAAUCGUUAACGGUAGAGUUUUUACACUUGCGCAUCACAGCCUUUCCAUUAAAAGGAGAAGAGAAUGAUUGUACGAUGCUAAAUCCACUGUAUUUUUGUGACCAAAAGAUAAUAAACAAGGGAUUGUGGAAGAAA